AUGCGGCCCAUCUUAUUGUCAGGACACGAGCGCUCGCUCACCCAGGUCAAGUUCAACCGUGAGGGUGACCUUCUCUUCUCUGUCGCAAAGGAUCCCAUCAUCAAUGCAUGGUUCUCUCAUAAUGGCGAGCGCCUUGGUACCUACGAAGGUCACAAUGGUACCGUCUGGACCGUUGACGUAGACUCUACCUCGACACUGCUCGUCUCCGGAUCUGCCGACAACCAGAUGCGCCUUUGGGAGGUAGCUACUGGCAAGUGCCUUUUCACCUGGGAAUUCACCACCGCUGCCAAGCGUGUUGCCUUUUCGGAGGAUUGCUCUCAGGUCCUCGUUGUCACUGAACAGCGUAUGGGUUUCCGCGGCUCCCUGCGUGUCUUCCGCAUCAACCGAGACCCUGCCACCUGGACCCAACAAGACGUCGAACCCACUCGCACGAUCACCUUUUCUGGCCCUAAGGCGGUUGUUGCCGCAUUCGCCCCAUGCGACCAAUACAUUGUCACUGGUCACGAGGACGGAAAGGUGGCCAUCUACUAUCACGAUGACAAGGAACCCGAGAGCGGCAUCGAUGCCGAGCUCGAAGAAAACUCGACCAAGGCACACACGGACGUCAUCUCGGACUUGCAGAUGAGCGCUGACCGCACAUACUUUGUCACCUCGUCCAGAGACAAGACCUCCAAGCUGAUCGACUCGAAGACGUUGCAAGUGAUCAAGACAUACGCCACCGAGACGCCAUUGAACAGCGCUUCGAUCCAUCCAACCAAGCCAUUCGUCAUUGUUGGUGGUGGCCAGGACGCGAUGAACGUUACCACCACUUCGGCGAGACAGGGUCGAUUCGAGACGCGAUUCUGGCACAAGGUGUUUGAAGAGGAAUGUGCUCGUCUCCCAGGUCACUUUGGUCCCAUCAACACCAUUGCGAUCCACCCGGCGGGAAUCGCAUAUGCAUCCGGUGGUGAAGAUGGUUACGUCCGUGUCAACUGGUUUGAUCCUGGCUUCUUUAACUCGAAGCUGUACGGUGCCGAUCUCGAGCUUGCCCUAGAGGACCAAUAG